CUAUGAGAAUAUAGCUUAAAUGAAAAGGGCUGGGUUUUGAAGCUCACAGGGUUCUAAAACCCUUGGAAGCGGUGUAAAUAAAGCUUUAUGCGACUUCCGGCUGGAAUCGGGGUUAGCAAGACCUCAGUGGUUCCCGGCUUCUAAGAGGACGCUCGCUACCCGUGUGGUGAGCUGGAGGACACGUCUCCACGGUCGAGUGAACGUGGAGCGGUUCCUCUCUCUCCCACGUGGUAGGACUGCGCCUGAGCAGUAGCCGCAGCGUUGGAAAGAUGGCGGAGGAAGAGCAAAGAAAAAAGAUCCCUUUGGUUCCAGAAAAUCUCCUGAAAAAGAGGAAGGCUUAUCAGGCCCUCAAAGCCACCCAGGCAAAGCAGGCACUUUUGGAAAAGAAGGAGCAGAGAAAAGGCAAAGAUCUCAAGUUUAAGCGACUGGAAUGGUUCCUACACGAUGCCUGGCGGCAACAACGUGACAAGGUGCGCCUCAGACGGCUAAAAGUGAAGCCUCACGGUUUGGAAGUGCCAGAUGAACAUUCCUUGGCCUUUGUUGUACGCAUCCAAAGGAUCAAAGGAGUGAGUUCAGUGGUACAGAGGACCAUCGCAAGGCUUCGCCUGAAGAAGAUUUUCAGUGGUGUCUUUGUCAAAGUGACCCCCCAAACCAUAAAAACACUGCGGAUAGUCGAACCUUAUGUGACCUGGGGAUUUCCAAAUCUGAAGUCUGUCCGGGAACUCAUCUUGAAACGUGGACAAGCCAAAGUUAAGAAUAAAAUCAUCCCUUUGACAGACAACACAGUGAUUGAGGAGCACCUGGGGAAGUUUGGUGUCAUUUGCUUGGAAGACCUCAUUCAUGAAAUUGCCUUCCCGGGGAAGAAUUUCCAGGUGAUCUCAGGGUUCUUGUGCCCUUUCCAUCUCUCAGUGGCUCGUCAUGCCAGCAAGAAUAGAGUAGGCUUCCUCAAGGAGGUGGGCUCACCUGGCUAUCGAGGGGAACGCAUCAAUCAGCUCAUCCGGCAGCUGAACUGAAUCCAGAAUAUCUGAAAGCACAGUGCAUCAGAAGCAUGUGUUUUUGUUUUUGGAAUCAUCCAGUAUCUUCAAAGAAGAUUAUUUUUUGCUAUAUUUCCAGAAACUGGAGGGGAAGGGUCAGGGAAAAGAUGGAGAUGUUCCUGGCAGGCACUUCUCAUCACAGCCCAGUUCCAAAGGAGAAGUCCAGUGUGUUCUCCGUGUUGGCCACUGCUGCCUCCUCUGAAAUCAAGAGGACUCAUGCUAUCCAGGGGUGUAAUAUUAAUGAAUGGAUACCCAAGCACGAAUACAAGAUGGCAGUGGACCAAGCCCAGGGGCAUACUUGAACCUGGGGGUUCCUAAAGCUUGUUUUGGAAAGAACUUGAAAUAACAUUUCAAAGAACACAGAAUGCUCACUUGUCUGUUGUGAGUCCAUGUUCCAACUUCAGUGACAGCUUUGCAAGCUCUCGGGCUUAGCUGGCUCUAUGUUUCUGGUGGCCUCCUUACCCCAGCUCAGGAUUUUAACAUAUUCUUGGACCUUUGAGAAGGGAAGGACCAUUUCCCCAAGAAAAGAUGCUUACACUCCAAUAUUUACUUGGAAGUUCAGGGUGUUCAUAGACUCUUCUCAGGGACCCAUGCACCUAACGUGAGAAAGUCCUGCACUGUCAGGAUUGGUUACCCAGGUCCUGACCUUGCUAAUCUGGUUCCAUGUCCUGUGGAAGACCAGCAUUUACCAAGACGGCUUUUUCCCUUCAAGCCAAUGGGUGUUUCCUAUUAACAGUGGUACUGGUGUGGCUCAGUAGAUUGUUGUCCCAUCGACUGAGAGGCCCCAGUCAGGCCUCUCAGUCCCAAUUGGGGCACAUGCCCAGAUUGUGGGCUUAAUCCCCAGUAGGGGAUGUGCAGGAGGCAAGC